AUGCGCCUGGAGCUAAAUGAGUUUGUGCAGGCCACCCGCAGCAUGCAUCAGCAGCCAGGCAGGGUGAAGCGAAUGAGGCUGAUGCUACGUCUGCGACCCUACCAGAGCCGCAAGGUGUUUCUGCUCAAGGCUACCGAUGGCCGAGUCACAAUGACGACGCGGGUGGAACAUCAAGGGCAGCUGAGGCUGGUGGAAAGCCUUGUGAAUGAGUUCGUGUCUGACUGCACCAGGGCAUCGGUGGGUAGUCCUGUGCCGCCCACCGUGGCUGCGAGCGCUAGCGAGCAGCCAACGGCAAGCGCAGUCGCUGAGUUGCCUGUCUCGUCGGUGCCUGGGCACAAGGACCGCGGUGCCGGUGGUGUGGCUGCGGCUACUGCGACGAGGGCGACUGGGCAGGCCGGCGCUGGCAGCUCAGCGUCGCGUGGGCAAGCGCCAGCCUGCGUCUCCCAGGCCAGCAGCAGCAAUGCGGGGCGGCAAAACAAGGGAAGGAAGGGCCGGCGCCACUGA